UUUUCGAAGUUAGGGAGGACUGUGCUUCUGACUUUUAACAUCUAGCUAACCAUUUCUGGUUUCCAGGUAGUGGCAGGUUUCUCGUAUGGCUUGCAAAAAGAUUUCCUGAGUCAAAAAAUUAUUUGGGAUUGGAAAUACGAAAUAAAUUGGUUAAACGUGCUCAGUUUUGGGUGAAAGAAUUGGCUCUUAAUAACGUGCAUUUCAUGUUUGCAAAUGCUUUGGUUUCUUUUGAACAAAUGGUAUCCAGUUACCCUGGACCUUUGAUGUUAGUCACUAUCCUGUGUCCUGAUCCACAUUUCAAGAAAAGGCAUCAUAAAAGAAGAGUUGUGCAGAAGCCUUUGGUAGAUUCUAUUUUAAAGAAUUUGCAUCCUGGAGGACAGGUUUUUCUGCAGUCAGAUGUGCUUGAAGUGGCGCUUGAUAUGAGGAAUCAGUUCGAUUCCCAUUUUGAUGUGCUUGAACAUAUUACUGACAUUGACCCUAGUGUGUUAUGUGACAAUGAGGGGUGGCUUUUAAUCAACCCAAUGGGGGUACGGACUGAAAGAGAGAUCCAUGCAGAAUUUGAAGGAGCAAAAGUUUACAGAAGGAUGUACCAGAGGCGGAUUUAGCUGUUUGCUGUUCUCACAAAAUUUUCAUUGAAAGAUGGCAUAAAUUAAGUUGUAAACUUUCUCUUUCCAUGGUGUGCUCUUCUGAAGAGAAGUAAUUUGGUGGUUGAUGGUGCCUUAAAAUCCUCAUUUCAGGUCCUAAAAUAGUUCAAUUUUUAACCUUCGGCUGUUGCUUCCUU